AUGGCGGAGGUAGCGUGCUCCUUCAGCAUCCUAGGCGAGCAGCCAGAGGUGGAGCGCCGACUAGACAGGGCUUUACAAGUAUUCUGGGAGAAACUGGAAGCUUCACUGUCCCCAGUGAUGGUGCCCGACACCCGGAAGCACACUCACCUAAGCAGAACCAAACUAAAGAAGGCACAGCCACCUCGGGCACCGAUUCGCCCAGUGGGACGGAAGCUGUGA